AUGCCUUACAUGCAGGAGCCGCCUUAUCAAGUGCCAAUAUAUCGACCCGAGAUGGCUGCUCCUUGUCUUGAAUUUCCAGCUGGGGGGUUUAAUGAAAUGCUUGCGGGUGUUGGAUCUGAUGUGGAUUUGUCGAGGAUGUUGACAUCAGAUAUAGGACCUCAAGGACGAGAAGGAUAUGUGCCACAUUCAGAUUUAGUAGUUGUUAUGACGGAUGAGUUUUUGUAUAUUAAGUGGAACGUUAGAUUGGCGAAGCUACAGAGGGACUGGGAGGGGCGUCAGCCCCUCCCCUCGCCGGAAAUUAAGCCCAGGAGGGUGGUUCCGCCCCUCUGUUACAUAAUGGAACGAUACUAUAAGAAACAGUGCUUAAAUCCUCCUUCAAAUAUUUCGGCUAGUCCUUCUUCGAAUAUUCCGAGUAGUCCUCCUUCGAAUAUUCCAAAUAUUCAUUCUUCGAAUAUUCCGGGUAGUUCCCAACAAAGUGAGGUCACUGAGUUGGAUGAAAUACUGGCUAAUCUUCCUUCAGACCCUGGACAUAGAUGUCGAAUACUUGAUUAUCCACCUAAUUAUCGUGAAGCAAUUCGUCGACACUAUCUCCAAAAUAAUCCUUGUCAACCUAAAGACCACAUCAUGCCCAGAAAAGUUAGCAACAAUCGAUGUUUUGUUACCCGUUGGUUUGAUAAUUUUAAGUGGUUGGAGUAUAGUAUAGUAAAAGAUGCUGCAUUUUGCCGUUAUUGCUAUCUAUUCAAGUGUGAUUUUGAUAAAGAGGGAAAUGCCGGAAGUGAUGUCUUCACCGAGAUUGGGUUUACAAAUUGGAGGAAAGGACCCGAAAAUUUUCGAGAUCAUGAGGGAGGUGUUGGAAGUCUUUAUAAUAAAGCUUUACAACAAGCUAGAGAUUUGAUGACGCAAAAGCAACAUAUUGAAACAUUUGUGAUUAAGCAAACUGAUGAAGCUCGCAUUAAUUAUCACACUUUAUUGUGUGGCACACUUGAUUGCACAAGAUGGUUGUUGCAACAAGGUUUGCCUUUUCGUGGCCAUGAUGAAUUGUUCAAAUCAAGCAAUAGGGGUAAUUAUUUGGAGCUUAUGCAAUUUCUUGCCGAUCAUAAUGAUAAAGUUAGGAAGGUUGUGUUUGAGAAUGCUCCCGAGAAUCUCAAGUAUACUUCUUCCGAUAUUAAAAAAGAUCUUGUCCGUGCUUGCACCAUUGAAACUAUUGGUGCAAUUACUAAAGAUAUGGAAGGUACAUUUUUUUCUCUUUCGGUUGAUGGAUCACGUGAUUCUUCAACUAAAGAGCAAAUGGCGGUGGUAUUGCGUUAUGUGAACAAAGAAGGAGAAGUAAUUGAAAGGUUUUUGGGUGUGCAACAUGUCUCAUCUACAACUAGUAGCUCGCUUGAAAAGGCCGUUGAGAGAUUAUUUGCUUCAACAAAUUUGAGUAUGUCCAAGUUACGGGGACAAGGCUAUGAUGGAGCUAGUAAUAUGAAAGGAGAACUCAAUGGCCUUAAAGCAAAAAUUUUGAACAAGUAUCCUCAAGCAUUUUAUGUUCAUUGUUUUGCACACCAACUUCAACUAGCUCUUGUAGCCGUUGCAAAAGGAAUUGAGGGUGUUGCCAUUUUCUUCAACAAUGCUAGUAUUUUGGUCAAUACUAUUGGAUCAUCGUGUAAGCGUCGUGAUGCAUUUAGAGAGAAACAACUGGAACAAAUUAAGAAAGCUCUUGAUAUUGGUGAUCUUGAAACGGGUAGAGGGUUAAAUCAAGAGAGUAGUCUCAUGCGUCCUUGUGAUACACGUUGGAACUCACAUUAUGGUACUAUAAUUAGUAUUAUUGUCAUGUUUGAAACCGUGGUGGAAGUGCUUGAAUGGAUUAAAGAUGAUACCAACCAAGACAGUUUCGGUGAAAUAACAAAAAUUGUUCGUCUAGCUCAACUUUAUCCUCAAGAUUUUGAUCGUAUGGACCUCAUGAACCUUCCAAUUCAACUUGACAAUUACAUUUACGAUAUGAAGAUGCACAGUGAGUUUUCAUCAUUGAGAGGAAUUGGUGAUCUUGCAAAAGAGUUGGUGAAGACUGGGAGCUUGAUUCUUGAUUCUUGA